ACCUCCAGCUUCAAUGCUCUGUGUCGAUAGCUCCUCUUUGCUCUACACGCCAUUGGGACAUUGCAACUAGCAUAGCUACUUCUCUACCCUUGGACGGCCUUCUUACCGGAAUAUUUUCUUUGCGUCAUCUCGUUUCGUGCCUUUUUGGCUUUUCUUUGUACAAACACGCAAGCCAAACUGCAACACGCGUGUUUACAUAACAGAGCUGCUUCUCGAAACAGUCAAGACCGAACCACCAUAGGGAGCGUCUUUAUGGGUAGUCUAUGAUUCUAGUUUCUCUACGCGAAUCCUUCUCACGAUGACGCGUCCGUAUACCACCACGCGACGCUCUGAACAUUAUUCACAGGCCUCAAUUGGAGGUGAUUCGACUGUGUCCGACUUUGACCCUGAACACGAAGCAAUGGUUUCAACCAGACAACUCGACAACAGCGAUAAACUACCAGAAAUUCCCACGCGCCUCCGCGGACGAACCAAUUCACUGGACCUCGAACCAGACUACACUGUUGACACAUCGACUAUCAACCGCGCCUUCCCCCAGUUCUCCGAAGUAGAAUCCUCUGGAGAAGACGAGACGGACGAUUUUUCAAUUGAAAUCGGACGAGGUGUGAAGAAACAACACCGUGGAGACGAUUCGCGUAACUCAAUGAUGAGCAUCGACAACCCUAGCCUUCGCUCUUCUUCACCUGCCAUCAAACUCGAUUACCCUGCUACCAGCACGCCACCAAGGUCGGCCCUGCGCAACUCGAAGCGCGUGUCAGAAGGAAGUAAUCUACGCAAGGACGCUCAGAUCAGACGUGCCAGUCAAAUGCAGAAAGAAAACAUUGACCCACAACCAAGUCGUCCCAAACACUCAGCAGGAGCAUCUGGGGAAGCUCGUCGUACGCUGUCUGAAAUGCAUGUUAGAGCCCGUGAGACCUAUGAUGGAUCUUAUAUUGGCGACGAGCGACCGAAGAGUAUGCCUGUCAACACGCGAAACACCCGAUUUGCAAACGUCCCAAGCCAAAUUGCAGCGGCCGUCGAUUCAGCGACGCGUGAUGCCCAAGGCAAAGAAUCCCGUCGUAGUAAACAAUUCGCUCCUAGCAACCCCCCGGCCAAUCCUACUUACACCAUUGACACGGGAACACAUCAAUCCUUUCUCCUACCUGACUUGCCCAAUAUCUCUGAGCUUGUCUCCGGUGUUUAUGAAGAUGGCACUCCUGUCUUCACACGUCACCCAAAACCCCGUACGACGCGUUUUGUUUCUCCGCCUGUGGAAGAUGCAGAAGUCUCGCAGCCUCAGGGGCAUCUUCUUCUAGAAGCUGUUCCUAUUCCAGAAGACGAAAAGGCUUUGUUCGUGUCUCUCAAACUUCUCCAAGACAAGGUCGCAGAUCUGGAAUUUGCCAAAUCGGAGACAGAGAAAAAGCUUGACGAUGUCCGUAAGGAAAACCACCUAUUGAGAAGCGAGAAAGCCCGUCGACAAAAGGAAUAUCAUGAUCGCCUCCGAAUGUUCGGUGGUGAUGAAGGUGAACAAGGAAAGAGCGGUACAAGAUCAUUGCAGGAGAAAAACAAACUCGAAGCGGCCAACUUGGAAUUGCAGAACUGUCUUGACAUUGCCGAGCGAAAGAUUCAGGUCCAUGAAUCUUCACUGAAGUCUCUGAGCCAGGAACGUGACUCUGCCGUGACCCAACUGGGAGUAGCGUAUCUCAAUACUCAGGACGUUAGGAGAGAAAAUGAAACUCUGAAGCAAGAAAAUGCAGACCUUAAAGCUCGAGUUGCAACAUUGACUACACUCACUCGACAGUUGGCUGGCUAUGAAACUGAAACUCGUCAAUCGCUUCCCCAAGGAAAUGUGGAUACGGAGCCCAUCACGAUUAACACAGACGAGAACGAGAAUUUUACGCAGAAAACUUCCGACUCCGCGUAUGCUCAAGUGAAAUAUAAGGACCAGCGAACUCAUACCAGGCCCAUGCGGGAUGAGCCUCAGGGAGGAGUCUCAAGACAAAUCGAGAAGGAGAUCCUGAGAAUGGAAAAGGAACGCCAGGAUGAAGAUCUGUUUUCUCUAAAUCUUUCUCGUCCUAUCCAGGCGAACUUGAAAUCGUCUUCAUCUCGUUCAAAGGCAGAAAAGCCAGAAAGCAAGAAACUUCCAAAUACCGGAAAGCAGCGUCUCAAACGAGUCAUAUUGGAGGAAGCUGAUACUACAGAGCCACUGGUUGAGAUCUCAGAACGCGUCAAGGCUUCAAAUGAUACGGAUCGGGAUUUUACCUUGCUCAGCUUUAUUGAUGACCGUGAAAUUGCCCAACUGCGCAAGCGACUUGAGGCCGAAAGGGCCGCGCGCAAGCAGCGUCAGUCAUUUUCUUGGAAAGAACAAGUUACAAGUACAUCUACUGUAGCGAAGCGAGUUGCAUCAGACCCCCCACGCAAAUCUUCCUUGAAAGAGCCCAAGGAAAGAUUCGUCCGUCCAUCAUCUGCACUUGACGAUAUAACCGCCACUGGAAGAACAGAGUUAAGCGGGUUUGAAGAGCACGCUGGUGCGCGUCGCAGACGUCAUUCGGAUCAUUCGAUUACUAGCCAAAGUCGUCACCGAAAGCCGGUUUCUGAAUUGACUUCUGCCUUUAUUCUCCCUGACAUCACUUUGCAUCACGCAGGUCCUACAACACAUAAACCUGUCCGUCUUUCCGAAUCCGCUCAGAAAGUGUUGGACACUGUUGCUCGACAUGAUGGCAAGAACUGCACUGUCUGUAAACGUCUCCUGCCCGAAGGAGUUGGACAUGAUCAUGACCACGAUGGCACUCAACGAGGAACAAUCACUGUGCCCAAGCCAAUCCCAGUAUCUGAGCGCAUGCCAGAGCCGUCAAUUUACAAUGAAGAACCAACUAUGCGACCAUCGCAGCCACCCGCCUUAGCAUUAGCUACAGUUCUGAAGAGUCUUGAAGAUGAAUUGUCUCAUCUUAAAAUGCAACUUGCCACUGUCCAAAACGCGUACACCAAGCACGACGCCUCUCUCAGUAAACGGCAGAGGAAAUCACUCUCUGCAAAGAUUGAAAGUCUCGUAAAAGAGAUUGAUACCAAGGCGGACCAGAUUUAUGCGUUGUACGACGUUGUUGAAGGACAGAAGCAGGAUGGUCAUGAGAUGAACGAAAAGGAGGUGGAAAUUACCUUGCAGUCUAUUGGCAUUGAUGUUCAGAGCACUAGAUUCGCCGAUUUGACUGGUGCUACUGAUGACUCUACAAAAAGGGCACAGCCACUAGAAGCUAGUGAUGAGGAAGAUGAUGAGUUGCCAUGGGAAGGCAUCGAAAGUACGGCUGAGAUUACUGGCCGCACCACAGGGAGCCGCAGGCACCUGUAAUUCUCAUUAUGGGAUUAUGUCAACUAUCAAAUCAAUUCUGGAUUUUAGCAAUAUAGGAGUGAGCCCGAGUUUCAGGUUUCAGACUGACCUCGUUGAGGUGUAUGUCCCUGUGCCCGGUUGAUCAUCCUUAAAGCGACACUCCAGAAUCCAUGUCUUUGUCUAUAUCGGAAUUCGAAUGUGCAUCCACGUUGACUGACUUAGGUGUAUGUCCGCGGAUGUUGACUUCUUGAGUUCUAUGUAAAAGCAAAGCAUCAAACUGGUUGUGCAACAAGCAAACAUAUUUUAUUCUUCAAAAGGAUAAUUGUUUUUCUCCUACGUCUAUUCCUUUUCGUGUAAUUCCUAUCGGAGUCUACAAUUUGUGUUACUUUCUUGCCGGUGUUUGGAUAGGAUGGAGUCUCGAAAUGUUGUGUUCGAGUCAAAUUGGCCUUUGUGUAUGCAUUGUAUUGUGUGAAGCUAGCUAGAUUUUUAUGCAUAGCCCGUUUUCUAAUCAAAUA